UUAUUUUUUUCCAUUUUUUCAAACUCAGCUAUAUAAGUGUUGCAAAGGGUUAUCCCUUCCGCUGUUUGGCGUAUAAUCUCCUUAGAGUUUAAAGUACCCCCCUUCGUGUUAUCUACAUGGGGGGGUUGAAAGGACCAGUGUUAGCACCUAAAAAAGGAGGAGAGUACUUUAAACAGACGGGGAAAGAACAGGAUCAUUCUGUGUGCUUGGCUACAGUUAUUGCUUGAAAUACAGGCUGAAGAAGCCACAUCCCAUCCAGCCUCUGUCGUAAUGAAAAACCUAAAGACAUCAGCUUUCUCCUGAUCAUGGCCUGUUGGUACCAGCGUUGUCACUUACCCUCUCCGAAUUUGCCUCGUCCAAGCUGGGGAGUGGUUCUCCUGGUAAGUUUUUUAAUUUAUAAAAAAAAAUUCUUUCAUGCAUUUGUUUUGCUUAUAACUGAUUUGCUUUGCAAUACUAUUAAAUGUGUAGAAAAAAUGUAAAUCCCUGCUUCACUUUUAGGGAAGAAACUGCAGUUGCCUGAUUUGUUUCUCUAACCAUUGUACUGCGCUGCAGCCUAUGUUGGUGCGCUUUAAUUAAUAAUAACAUUAAUGGCAGGGUGACUGACCACACUUAUAUUUUAAUAUCAAUCUGCUAAGGUUCCCCCCCUCCCUCCCCACCCCACCAUGCAUAAUAUUGAAUGCACCACAAUUUACUGUUCAGUAAAUAAAUAUUCAUAUUGUUUUUAUGUUAAAUUUAAAAAAAGUUAAAUUGAGUUACACUCUCACAAAUCUGAUUUGAUGGUGUAGUUAUUUACUGUUUUACAAGAUAAUAGAAUAUAGUUAUAAACAAUUGAACAUUAUAUGUUCUAACAUUUAAAUAUACCAUUUUUUAUUUUUUUUUGCACUUUAUUAACCCAUUGAGUGCUGUGCAGUACUUCUUAGAGAACGUUGACACAAUGAUAUUUCUGAACUACAUUCACACAAAGAUGUUUCCAAACUACCCUUACAAUGAGGCUCAAUGUCUGGCUGAGCCUCAUGGGAAGUGUAGUUUAGAAACAUCUUGGAUAUCACAGCGAGCCAUCGUUAUUCUAUUAAAUUCUAUUUAUUUAGAGGUCCACAUUGAAAAACAAAAAAAUGCUCAAAAUAAAUGCACACUUUAAGGCAAAAGGAGGGGGAAAAAAAAAUCAUAAAUUAUACAUUUUUUCAAAGCAUAUUUUGCUACCUACGUAACGUACGUAUGCGAACAACCUUUUGAAAUCAAAUAGUCAAAUGGUUUUGCCGUCAUAGAUUACAGGACUGGUAUACAACAAAGAUCUGCUUUCCCACUAAUUUCAUCUUGCGUUCCUUCCUUGUGGAUUGUGGUUGAAAGACAGCGGAAAUUGAUAAAGGGAAAAGUACAAUAGGGUCAUUAGCGUCUCGAUGAUUCAUUUAAGAGAUCCUUUUUACAACCAUUUGCAGUCUGUCGUCAACCCCUGAUGUGGCUGGCAUCUGGAUAAUUGAAUCUGAAGCACCGGUAAAGAGGUCAGCCAUGCAGAAUAUGCCGGAGUUACCGGUUUAAUCUACUAAUACAGUUAUAGAAGGACGGCACCGCUAAACGGCAAAGUACAGUGUGAGCUGAGAAGCUAUUUGCAAAAACUAGGACAAAAUAGCUGAUCUGUAGAAAUUCUCCAGUGUUGCUGUAAUCGUAGCUCAGAUAUUUGAGUCUGAAUUCUGCAGUUUGUUUUCUAAUUCACCACAGUAUACUGUUCAGUAAAAAAUUGGUACCAGCGGUAAAUGCAACGUUAGCAGUAUCUAAAAAAGAGAAUAACUACUCUCUCAUGGGUAAUAACUAUAGUGUGAAUUUGGAAUCUCAAAGUGAAUUUCAAAUUUGAGGCCAAAAAAGUCCAACUGAGAAUUUUGCCGAUUUGGAGAAAUUUUCCCAAUUGGUAAUUUAAAUCUAACAGUUUACAUUUACAUCGAAGUCACUAUAAAUUUUUGAAUUUCACACUUCAGUAAAUUAUUCCAAAUAUUUGGUUCCCGUGUCAAGGAGCAAGAAACGGCAUGGAAGGUUUGUGCCUCACUCCUGGCCUCGCAUCCUUUGUGAUGAAUUCUGGGAAAGAUUAAAGUGGAUGUCUGGCUAGACCAAUGGUAGACAACCUUCAACAUUUGAGAUGUUGUGGACUACAUUACCCAUAAUGCUCCUACAGCCAAAAUGCUGGCAAAGCAUCAGGGUAGAUGUAGUCCACAACUUCCUGAGUGCCGAAAGGAUCCAACCUCUGGGUUAGACUGAUGCUCAUAGAUUGAGACUUUUGUGUGUCUUGUGUGUGACUAAUUACUGGAAUUCAAACAGAGGUUAGAUUAUAUUUUAAAAUAUCUGCCAAUCUAUUCGUCAGCCACAGCUGCGACCCCUGCAACCGUCGGCCACCACAACUUCAGGGCUGGUGCAUGGUGCAUUAGCCAGGAGCCCACGAUUACCAAGUGACCGGCAGGAGGAGAGCACAGUGCCGCACCCCAUCUGCCAGUCUCUGUGUGUAGCGUGGCCGAGCAGAUUGUGGUUUCACAGGAAGUGCUCAGUGAAUGAGAGAGCACUUCCUGUCAGACCGGGUACCGCUGGAGGGGUGGGAUGGAGAGGGAAUGAGACAAAUGGUGAGGCUAGGGGAGGAGAAUGAAUGAGACACAGGAAGGGGCUGGGGAGAAUGAGACACAUGGGGGCAGGGCCGGUGCAAGGACUUUUGCCGCCCUAGGCAAACAAAAAUUUAGCGCGGCCAGGCGGAUUGUGGUUUUAAAGGAAGUGCUCAGUGAGAGAGCACUUCCUUUCAGACUGGGUACCACCCUGACACACUACACAGAGUCAGAAGGUACAGGAGGGGAGGCGGGAGAGGGGUGAGAGAAGGAAUGACACAAAUGGAGGGGCUGGGGGGAUGAGAGAGGAAAUGAGACACAUGGAAGGGCUGGGGGAAAAUGAGACACAUGGAGGGGCUGGGGGGCAAAUGAGAUACAUGAACAGGCUGGGGGGAGAGGGAAUAAAAUAAAUGGAGGGGCUACGGCAGAUGAGAGAGGAAAUGAGAGAAUGAGACAAAUGUAGGGGUGGGGGGGAGAGGGAAUGAGACAGAUGGAGGGGCUGGGGGAUGAGAGAGGAAAUGAGACACAUGGAAGGGCUGGGGGGAAAAUGAUACACAUGGAGGGGCUGGGGGGAAAUGAGACACAUGGAUGUGCUGGGGGGAGAGGUAAUGAGACAAAUGGAGGGCUACGGGGGAUGAGAGAGGAAAUGAGAGAAUGAGACAAAUGGAGGGGUGGUGGGAGAGGGAAUGUGACAAAUGGUGAGGCUGGGGGAGGAGAGUGAAUGAGACACAGGAAGGGGAUGGGGGAGAAUGAGACACAUGGGGGCAGGGCCGGUGCAUGAAACUUUGCCGCCCCCCCCCAUAUGUUCUGCCCCCAUGUGACAUCACAAUGCCCCACCCAUAUGAUCUGCCAUAGGAGCCAACGCCAGUGCUGCACACAGUCUGAGUUUACAUUAAAAAGCCCCCAGGAACAGGCUAUAGACACCAGAACCACUACAUUAAGCUGUAGAGGGUUCUGGUGACUACAGUGUCCCUUUAAUGUGAGGUAAUUUAGAGAUUAGUGCCACUAAUAAUAUACUGAAUUGCCUACUUACCACUAGAUGAGGACAAGAGGAUGAUGAUGGACUCAGGCUGCAGUCUGGCUCCACAGGUCUCGUGUAGAAGAGGCUCUCUGGAGACUGUUUGUAACAGUGCUCACAAGAAGCAACGAACAGGAAGCAGCUCCAUUUUUGGGGCCCCUUACACAGCUCAAGGUCUGGGCCCCCAGGGCCUGACCGUGAGUAUGCCUGCCCAUAAGUCCACCUACAUGGCCCACCCAUGAGUUCGCUCACAGGAAGUGGAGUGUAUGUGUUUAGGGGAUGUUAUUGCAGAGGAUGUAAUGUGUGUGUGUGUUCUUAUGAAAUGUAGUGUAUAGGGAUACCAAUUUGUGUAAGGGAUGUAGUGUGUGUGUAGGGGAUGCAGUGUGUGUUUGUGUGUAAGGAAUGCAUUGUGUGUUUCUGGGUAUGUAAUUUAAUGCAGUGUGUGUCUAUAAGUGCAUUGAGUGUGUGCAAGAGAUGCAAUUUGCUUCUGUGUGUGUAAGAGAAGCAGUGUGUGUGUAUGUGUGCGUAAAGGAUGCAUUGUGUGUUUCGUGUGUCUGUAUGUGAGUAGGGAUGCAUUGUAUGUUUCUGUGUAUGUGUAAGGAUGCAUUGUGUAUGUAUGUAGUGUAAAAGAGAGGGUUUGUGGGCUAGGAUAGGGGCUGAGAGGGGAGCAGCUUUUUUUUGUUUUAGUGCUCUCCCCUCCUAUCAAUUAGUGAUCUACCUCCUGUCCCUCAGUGUUCUCCCCUCCUGUCCCUUAGUGCUCUAUCCUCCCCUCCUGACCCUUGGCCCCCUGUCCCUUAGUGAUAUUCCCUCCCCUUCAGUCCAUUAGUGCUCUCCCCACCUGUCCUGUCCCUUAGUGAUCUCCCUUGUUCCUUAGUGAUCUCCCCUACCCCUCCAUUGUUAGAGCUCUCCCCUUCCCCUGUCCCUUAGUGCUCUCUCCUGCAGUGUUCCUCUCCCCACCCUGUCCCUUAGUAGUCUCCCCCACUCUAAAUGGUCAUCUCCAGUCCCCCCUUGGUGGUCCUCUCACUCCCCACUCUGUGGUCCUCUCACUCCCCCCUCUCCCCUCUUAGUGGUCCUCUCACUCCCCCCCAACCUUAAGACCCUUAGUGUUCCUCCCUCUCCCCCAACCCCGUAGUAGUCCUCCCUCUCCCCCCCUUUGUGGUCCUUCCUCUCCCCCUCUUAGUGGUCCCUCCCCUCUCUCCUCCCUUAGUGGUCCUCCUCUCCCCCUAUAGUAGUCCUCCUCACCCUCUUAGUGGUGCUCCCUCUCCCCUCUCUUAGUGGUCCUCCCUCUCACCCAACCUCUUAGUGGUCCUCCCUCUCCCACCCUCUAGUGGUCCUCUUCAGUCUCCUCUGGCCCCUUAGUGCCCCCCUCCUCCCCCUUAGUGGUCCUCCCUUUCCCCCCACUCCCAAACAAUUAGUGAUCCUCUCCAGUCCCCCUCUCCCUCCCUGGUGGUCCUUUAAUUCCCCCCAUCUCUUAGUGGUCCUCCCUCCUCCCUUAGUGGUCCUCCCCCUCCUCCCUUCCCCCCUUAGUGGUCCUCCCCUCCCCCGUGGGGUUCCUCCAGUCCCUCUCCCUCCCUGCAGUCCCAUAUUUCCCCUUAGUGGUCCUCCCUCUCCCCCCUCUAGUGAUCCUCUCCAGUCUCCUCUCCCCCGCCAUAGUGGUCUUCUCCCUCCCCCUUAGUGGUCCACUCACCCCCACCAACCUUAAGAACCUUAGUGGUCCUCCCUCUCCCAACCCAUUAGUGGUCCUCCCUCUCCCAAACCCCUUAGUGGUCCUUUCCCACCUUGGUGGUCCCCUCACCCCCCUUAGUGGUCCUCCCUCCCCCUUUCCCCCACUCCCAAAUAAUUAGUGAUCCUCCCCCCCAGUCCCUCUCUCCUCCCUGGUGGUCCCUUAAUUUUAUCUCUAAGUGGUCCUCUCCCUCUCCUCUUUUAGUGGUUCCUUCCUCCCUCCCCCUUAGUGGUUCCUCUCCCCAGUGGUUCCUCUGUUCCUCUCCCUCCCUUGUGGUCCUAUUACUUCCCUUAGUGUGGUCCUCCCCUUCUUAUUUGUCAUCCCCGCUUUCCUCCCCCCCUAGUGCUCCUCCCCCUCCUUAGUGGUCCUCCCUCCCUGUUGUGCCUCCCACCUAUGCGAGCACUUCCUGUCAGUCCGCCGGCGGCUGGGUACAGAAAACAGAAGCACCUGUACUGCGGUCCGCGCCGCCCAGCCACGCUACAUUGAGUGACUGGCAGGAGGGAGCGCUGUGUGCUUCCCUCCUGCCAGUCACUUAAAUCUGGCUGUGGCGGAACCAGCCUCGCCACUGGGCAUUGGAGAAGACUGAUUGCCAGCCUCCUGAUAUGUGACUAUGGCCCCUAGAAUGUAUUGCCUGCUCUCCUGUACUGCUGAGGAUUGCUACCAACUCGGUGGAUUUGGCUAUGGAGCUUGUGUAGUGCCCUGUUGGUAGCAACAGUAAUAUGCACUAUCUGAAUAGCAAGACUGGUAAUUUGCAUAUUCGGGUAGAUUUGCAUAUCGCUAAUUCUGCAUGCAGGAGAGACAUUUUGUGUUAAUUAUGGUCUUCCCCACCUAUUUAUAAAUAUGUAAUUAUGUUAUAAUAAGUCACUGGAUGUUGCCUGCUAUGAUUUGACUGUUUGUAAUUUUAUUGAGUUUUCACAGCAAUGUUAAUGUAAUGACCAUAUGGGCUAGUCCCAAGUAAAAUAAAGUUUUUAGACAGUUCUACUUCACCCUCAAUUUGCCAUCUCUUAUUGGGGGAAUCUGCUACAAGGGAUUGCUAUGCUCUGCAAGAUGCUCUAUCUUGCUUUUCACUGCUAAGCUCUUGUAAGAGCUUGUUCCUGUUUUGCUCUCUGGAGGAGUCUAUGGUGGUUAUGGUGUCUGUUGCAGUGCUUGGAGUCCUUUAGGAAGCGCUAGGAGCAUCCUUCAACGGAGGUACCCAGUCGGGUGCCAGGUGAUCCGUUACACUGGCGACCCCUGGGCCGGUGCACCCUAGGUGACUGCGUAAGUCGUCUAAAGGAUGUGCUGACCUUGCAUGGGGGGCUGGAGGAAAUGAGACACAAGAAGAAGCUGGGGGGUGGGAGGAAGACACAUGGAGGGGCUUGGGGAAGGGCAGGAGACACAAGGAGAGUCUGGGAGGAGGGAACGAGACAUGGAGGGGCUGGGGAAGGAAAUCAGACACAUGGAGGGACUGAGGCAUUGAGACACAUGGAGGGGAAGGGAAUGAGACACAUGGGUGGCUGGGGUGGGAAUGAGACACAUGAAAGGUGCUGGGGGGAGUGGAUGAAACAUAUGGAGGGGCUGGGGGGAAUGAGACACAUGGGGGUAGGAGACGAAACACCUUGGAGGAGGAAUAAGAAACAUGGUAAUGUUCCUUUAAGUCUGUAUGGUUAUGGAACACUAAUAUCAGCCUCAAUUCAGGCUGAAGUGCCAAAAACAAACCGCUGUAGAGGGAGAGGUUAGGGGGGAAGAGAGACAUGGAGUUGGCAGAAUUUUAACUGGGAAUUGCUAUAUCUUUUUCAGAUUCCAUUAUACCAGUGAUAAUUGAUUUGCACCCAGAAUGCAUUGCGGUUCCUUUGAAAUCAAAGUAAGACAAAGUUUUUGAGUUUCUGAAACCAUUUUCUGAAAGUCAGUUGCUUUCUUCUGUGUGCAUUAUUAUUUGGCAUUUUGCAAUGGAGCAUAGAGACGCUUUGGGAUAACAGAUAUACAGACAGACAGUCUUUUGUCCGGUUCAUUUUGAUGCUUCAGAUAUAGAAAGGGCUCUCCGAGGCAACGGUAUCAGUUUUCCUCCUUGAUGCAUUCCUUCAUCCUGGGGUUAUUUAAACAAAAAGUCCAGAACAAGUCCAGGAUUGGCAAAAUCCUGCCCCCGGGCGGCUACAACUAUGAACAUUCAAUUGAAUGGACGUCAAUAUUCUUCAGAUUUGCAAUAUGAAUCAUUAAGAUGACAGAACCAGUUGGUUGUAGGCAUGUAGCCAAAAUUUUUAUUUAGCUUUAAUUGAGUCAUCUGAAUCGAAGCAGGGAUUAAAGUUAUAAUAUGCUUUUAGUCGAAGAUAUAAUUCUCUUCCAGUCAGUAAAAUUUAAGAAGGAACAAUUCCCAUGUUGUGUGACCUUGAAUAUCUUCCUAUUCACAUAAAUACACAACUCGUUUACAGAGAAUACGCACAUUCACACAAAUAAACUGUCCACUUACUCUGAGAAUCUGCCCAUUUGUGCAUUCAGAGUGAGACUUCUCUGAGGUGGUUUGCCCUGCUUUGGAAUGCAUCCAAACCAAGACAGCUCAAAGAAGAACAGAAUCGGAGUCCAGGCGGAAUGGAGGACGGCGACAAAGAGUAACACCUACGAAACGGCGCUGAAACUGAGGAAAAGGGAAUAAAUCUCUAUAUUUUACAUUGAAUACACUAUGUAUGUUUAUGAUAUAUGAUGUAUUCAACGUAUAUGGGAUCAUUUAAGGUAAGUUUAAUGGUUCACUCUACUUAUAUUAUUCUAGCACGUGUAAGGCAGGUGUAGGCACCCUUCGGCACACCAGAUGUUGAUGACUACAUCUUUCCUGAUGUUUGCCAACAUUAUGGGAGAUCUAGUCCAACACAUCUGGAGUUCUUCAAGUUGCCUAUGCUGCAACUGCAUAGCAUAGAUCGAGGCUGCUACGAUGGAGAUCAGAGGAACUGUAAGGGGGCUCUACUGCUCCCACCAUUACUCAAUUGCAUAUAUUGUUACACCCAUCAAAUUGCAAAAUUGAUGUUCUAAUCCACGUUGAGAAGUUUAUCAGAAACCUUUUAUUUUUUUUCUCCAAUGUACAUGUGGCAGAACUACUACUCAUUCGUAUGUUUUUUUCCCCUUGUUCGCAAAUCACGUUUGGGCUUGAUUAGAAGAUUGUGUUUGUCCCAUUCUAAAUGUAAUAGAAAUGAGGCAUAGUUAUUAAUCUGUGGGUAAGUGUUAGUGUCUCUUUAAUAUGAUACUGUAGCACAGAGGGUUUUCUUGAGGGCUGAUGACUAUUUAUAUCAAAGGACACCUUAUCUAGGAGGAAAUCAGGAAACGUGGCAAGUGAGUGAGUUAGGUCAUACUGAAGCCAUACUUCCAGGCCAACUGUGUAUGACUUCUCACCCUUCCAGAGUGGCUCAGUUGGGGUCCCAGCAUCAAAGAGGAAUUUGGAUUGCAAGCUCUGACCUCCCAUGCAAUCAAAUAAGCCCCUUUUGAAAAAGUAUUUUUGGAGUGUUUUCGAAUAUGGUAUAUUUUUCUGUAGAGCAUCCUGGGAGGAAAAGCCCCAUAUUAUUGUAUGGGAGACCCCAUGUAGGGGUCUGUGCAUAAAAGCCGUGUGUGUUCCAAUAAACCUCAACUGACUCCCAGAACUAUGUUUUGUCUGGGUACUGGGGGAAUGGAUGUCUGCAUGCUUUAAUGGUUCCCAAGUGGCUGAAGGAAGGAAUUAGGAGAGGUAACCAGUCGGGUUACCCGUGGUCCGCUACAGUACACAACCUAAAUUCUUUUGCAUGUGGCAGUUUACAAUUUUCAUGUUGUCUUCAGAUUCUGCUAAUAGUUUCAGCAAUGAGUUUUGUGCCCUGGGCAUAUGCCAACGCAGUAAUACUCCAGUUUGAGCUCCGCUACAUUUCCAGGUACAGUAAUGUUCUUGGGAGGAGGUUUCUCGAGUUUUAAGAGUGUCAUAUGGAAAAAUGUAGGUCAAGCAUUGUACACUUCUGAACUUUACUGAAUCUGCUACUGCGAAUAUAGAAAUAACACAAUGGGCAAAUAAAGACAUUGAAAAUUGAUGUGGAUAGAAUUUGCAUUUGUUUGGUCGCUAAACUAAAAAUCACAAAAUCUUGGGCUAAGUGGCAAAGCUACAGGGAUCUUGUUGCUUGACAAUGUUUUCAGAUCACUUCUUUUGGUCUAGUAAUUGAAAUUUGUUUGUCAGCUCUCCGCAUGUCCCACUUUAGUUGAUAAUCCCAGGCAUUUUAUCCUAUUUCUAUAGACAGGAAGUAGCGUCUGCACUAGUGAGACCGAUUGAUCCUUCUUAUUAAUUGUUGGCCUGUUUUACGAAGCAUUUUCUGUAAUACUAACAAGUCGAUCCAGAAAUUUCUCCCACCUGGGGUUUGAAGAUAAUGCACUCGGAUGUGAUUCACAACAUUAGUAAGAGCGAACAUAAUGGAACCUAUUAAUAUAUAACAAGCAGACAUCUGCGAGUAGAAAAGAACACGAUCUCAAACACAUUGUAGUAAAUUCACUAAACUGGGAAUGUGGAGAAAUGACAGGGAUUUCAGAUUUUACUCCAAUGUAGCCGGACUGGCAAAAUCCCCCAUCUCCCAACAUUUCAAAUGGACUAAGAGGGACACUUUAAUAUUAGGGGUGUGAAUAGGAGCGUGGCCGGGGGCCGGGCUAUUCUGAGAAAUUUUAGGUGAUUUACUAAUAACAAUUUAUGCAACUAAAGUCUUACUCAAAACAAAAACAAUGUAUCUUAUUUACACAGACUGAUUUCUAAACACAUUUACUACAGUUUAAAGACACAUUACUGAGAGUAUUAUUGCUGUGGAGCUCUGUUAUACACUCAGACACAUUACUGGGAGUAUUAUUGCUGUGGAGCUCUGUUAUACACUCAGACACAUUACUGGGAGUAUUAUUGCUGUGGAGCUCUGUUAUACACUCAGACACAUUACUGGGAGUAUUAUUGCUGUGGAGCUCUGUUAUACACUCAGACACAUUACUGGGAGUAUUAUUGCUGUGGAGCUCUGUUAUACACUCAGACACAUUACUGGGAGUAUUAUUGCUGUGGAGCUCUGUUAUACACUCAGACACAUUACUGGGAGUAUUAUUGCUGUGGAGCUCUGUUAUACACUCAGACACAUUACUGGGAGUAUUAUUGCUGUGGAGCUCUGUUAUACCCUCAGACACAUUACUGUGAGUAUUAUUGCUGUGGAGAUCUGUUAUACAUUCAGACACAUUACUGGGAGUAUUAUUGUGGAGCUCUGUUAUAUACUCAGACACAUUACUGGGAGUAUUAUUGCUGUGGAGCUCUGUUAUACACUCAGACACAUUACUGGGAGUAUUAUUGCUGUGGAGCUCUGUGAUACACUAAGACACACCAACAAUAUGGAGCUCCUGGAAAAGAGGGACAUUAGGAUAGAGAAGAGGGACAGAGAUAUUUGGGCACAAAAGGGGGACUGUCCCUACUAACUAGGGAGACUUUGGAGUUAUUUAACCCUUCAACUUUUUUUUUACUUUGGUCUAAAAUCCAUGAUUCCUUUGCCAGUUCUAAACAAUUUCAAGAACCAAGCCAAUCAUACAGAAGUUCAGACAAUGACAGUGAUAUAAUACAGACAGCCUUAUGUUUUUAAAAUAUACACAUACAUAUGCCCAUGCGCAAACACAAGCACACAGACACUAACACACAUGCAUAGACAUAAGCAUGCAAACAGACAUCCCAUAUGGAGAGACAUAAGGACAAGGACACACACAGACACACAUACUGACACACUUGUGCAAAGAUAAAGGCAGUUUAAAGACACGCUACUGUAGAUUUGUUACCAUGAGUCUCUGUUACAAAGUCAGACAAAAAAAAAUAAGACACUGAAAAUAUUAAGAAGGGUUAUUCAUUAAUUGUCGGGAAUUCAAAGUAUAUUUCCAAUUUAAAGCCAACUUAGUCAAACGGAAAGCAUAGCUAACUUGGAUAAUGUUUCCAAUUUGUCUACCUGUGUCUUAACCCUUUAAGGACCAAACCUCUGGAAUAAAAGGGAAUCAUGACAUGUCACACAUGUCAUGUGUCCUUAAGGGGUUAAAUGUGAAAUUCACAUUGAAUGCACUCCGAAUUCCUAACCCUAAACGAGUGCUGGGAAAACGGAAUGUUAGGAUAAAAAAGAGGGGCUGUCUCUAUUGAACAGGGUCACUUGGGAGAUAUGCUUUGAGUAACUGACACAUUUAUUUUACAUUUAAAAAAAGAAUUAAGGUGUUUAUUUCACCAUUGGUGUGUACGGUUUUGUCAAGUAGCAAGCAGGAGUGUUUAUAAUAGUUAUACCAACCACAUCCAGCAAUGGGUGAUCCCUUUUUAAUAAUUAAAGUUCACAUUGCUUUUCCUUUGGAAUGUGGGAUUUAACACCUGCGUCUAAUGCAAAUCUGACGGGAGAUUUAAUCUUCUUACAAAACAACAGCAAUCGUGGUGAGCAAAAAAAAUAAAUAAAUAACAAUUUCUUCAAAUGAUAUACGUACAGAAGAUUGGAAGAUUAAAUUUAAAGUAGGUCACAAACAUUCAGUGAUGGGAGUCGGACACCCAAGUACUGAUAUGGUUGCUCCUUCAGGAGCUACACUGUGCUUUAGAAAUUAAUUAUUUUAAUGCAAUAAUAAUAGGUAAUAAUAAGUUACCUGUCUGUUUGUCAUUAUUACCUUCCUACGGUGUCGGACUAGUGGGAAAGUGUUCUAUUAGAACCUCUGUUCCACCUGGGAUUCAUCCCCCUUAAUGGUUUGACAUCUACAUGACAAAUGAUAUGUCAAGACCAUCAAAAUAAAAGGGACUGCAGCUCUGCGUAUGCGCAGCCCUGGUUGGUGUUCUGGUUUGUAGAAUGUAAGCUCAUUGAGCAGGACCCUCCACCUCUCUGUUUCUGUACGUCCAGUUGUCUGGUUACAAUUACAUGUCUGUUAGUCCACCCAUUGUACAGCGCUAUGGAAUCUGAUGGCGCUAUAUAAAUAAUAAAAUAAUAAUAAGGAUACAUGCCAGUUCAGUAAACUGGCAUUUUCUAUUUAUGGGGUAUGUCCCAAUCACUGGGACUGGAAACAGCCCAUAAAUUGUACAAAUCUCUGCAAUUUGGAAUAUACCAUAUUUGCAACACAAUUUUUUUUCAAGUUUCUGUCCACCCCCGCUAUUUGCACCAAUUUUUGAUAGCGGGAAUGGCCAAUUAUAUUUCACAAAUAUUCUACUGUGCUAUCAGACUAUUUAUUUACAGACUCUGCAUGAUAUUAUGCGAUUAAAUUGCAUUGGGUGCAUUGCAUUCUGGGAAUUCAUUAUUAAACAAAACCCUUAUUGCUGUGUUUGUUUUGCAGGUGAUGAUCAGUUCCUGUUUAAUGUACCCCGUCUUUAAAAGCCUAUACUUUCAGAUUCACUCAUCGCUCACCGGAAGCUACAUCCCUGGGGCCCACUCUCUUGCCUACGUCAACUGCCCCAACGAGCAAAUUGCAAAAGAUAUUGGAAGGUACACUGGAUAAAGUGUUAAUAAUAAUUACAUGAUAAAUAAUGAUUACUUUGUUUAUUCUUUCCUAUUGUAGACCUCUGUCGGACUACAUGUGUAUAAAUUAAAGUGUUACUCCAAGCACCAUGACCACUUCAGUUUUUUGACCACCUAUAUUGUCAUUAGCCAGCACAGUUAACAAGUUUAGCUUAAUUGGGCAGUUCUGGUGUAUAGAGAACGCUCUUGCAGUCUCACUGAUCAAUUAUCUGCCAUUUAGGAGUUAGGUCACUUUUGUUAUUUUCCUUGUAGCCCUAGCCACACCUCCCCUGACUGUGACUGACACAACCUACGUGAAAAAAUUGUUUCAUUUUCAAUCAGAUGUUAACAUGCUUUAGAAGUUUUUUUAUCUCCUGCUCUGCAAAUUGAACUUUAAUCACACACAGGUGGCUUCUGCAGGGUCUAGCAAGCUAUUAACAGAGCAGGAGAUAAGAAAUUCUAAAUUAAACAUAAUUUGCAAUAACGGAAGUUUAAACAGAUGUCUCUUUACAGGAAGUAUUUAGCAAAGCUGUGUAAGUCACAUGUAGGGAGGUGUGGCUUGCAGUGGUGUAUUUUAGAUUCAUGCUGCCCACAAUAUUGGCAGCCACGUGCCUCUGGGGACUCUGAGGUGGCCAGCUUUUGGAUCCCCCAUGAAAGAGGAUAACAAGGCACUUAAGGGGGGGUGGCGUUUUUUGCCGCCCCCCUUAAUCUGCCACCCAAGGCAAAUGCCUUGUUAGCCUCGCUGUAAAUACAGCACUGGUGGCUAGGGCUGCAUAAAUACAGCAAUUUAACACUUAAGUGGCAGAUAAUUGAGCAGUGAGACUGCAGGGACAUGAUCUAUCCACCAAAACGGCUUCAUUAAGCUAAAUGUGAUUUGGUACCUCUAAUAUUCCUUUAAUUAUAUGCGGAUAGCUUAGCCCAGGUUAAUAUAUAUCAUGCUACCCUAACCAGAACUGGUGUUUUCGUGGGACACUGGUUUUUGGUUGGAGUAAUCCUUUAAGAAGGAGAGUUGCUCAUAGCAGGCACUCAGGGUGGUGGAGUAAUCUCUUUGAAACAGGAAGAGAAAUGUGUCCAAGCGCUAAAACAUUAAUUGUCUCUGUUUUCCGUAGGGGAAUCUUGGAAAAACGCUUGGCUGUCAGCGUAAACAUUAUGCCAAAGUCUUCAUCCCUGUAAGUAACGUAAUAAACGAAAUACAGAAAUCUAUGGCACACUACAAGACGUGAGGACCAGGGGUGGACCGGAACAGGGGGCAGGGAGGCAAUUGCCCCCCAGGCCGCCCUAAAUCCAGGACCGUCUGCAUCUAGCAAAAAAAAGGAAAAAAACGAAUCCCCUGCCUCUGGUUGGGUACUGGGAUUUUUCAACUUACCUCUCUCCCUGCAGCCUGCAGCCAGUGGAGUCGGCCGGCCUCUCCUGAUGAUGUCAGGAGGAUGUGGCGUGACUUUCACUGCUCUUCUCCCAGUGAAAGGGGUUAAAGAGAUUUUUUUUCACUACAGACAAAUCUCUAGUUAACCACAGCUAAGACACUUCAAAAAUACAUUUCUUAUUUGUGUCAAGGUUAUAGCUACUAUAAGUGCCCCAAGUCCUUCUGCUACAUUUUGUGUAAUGGUUCAUUGCACAGAACACAUAGAAAGAUUCGUUUUUCACAGUUAACCUUUAAGAAAUAAAGUGGUAUAAGGAAAACAAGAGGAGAACAAAAGUGCAUCAGCUGCUAAAACUGCUGAUUAGUUAUCAGUUCAUAUUAUUUAAUAUCCCAGGAUUAAACAUCAUGCUCAUAUAUUUCAGUCACUAUAUUUUAUUGGAAUAUAUGAGCAUAAGGAUCAGGUAAGUCUGGAAAUACUCGUCAUGCUAUUGGAUCUAUACACCCUCCGCGUGGAUUUUAAGACUAACCAGGUUUACUGACGAUUCCUGCCAUGUCUCCUGAAUGAGAACCUUGCUCUGCAGAUCACACUGUGACCGGUCCAAGAUGGCCCCUCGCUCAGCCCUUGUUCCUUUGCUCACCCCCUGUCCCCCUUCCCCUGUCCCUUUCUUCAGCCCUGUCCCCUUCCUCAGCCCCUGUCCACCCCUUCUCAGCUCAUGUUCCCUCCUCUCAGAUCCUGUCCCCCUUCCUCAGCCCCAUGCCCCCUGACCAAUUGCAACCCAUAUCACCCACACCAGAGCCCCUUUCCCAAAUUGUAGCCAUCAACCUACUUCAGCCCCUAUCCCCCCACUACAUUUCCUAACACCCAAUUACAGCACAUACCCCCACUACAGCCCCUAACCCCCCUACUACAGCCCUGUCCACUUACUCAGCCACUGUCAACUGGCUUUAAAAGUUUGUGUGUGUGUGCGUGCCAGUAUGUCUGUGUGCCAGUAUGUCUGUGUGUGUCAGUAUGCCUGUAACAGUGUGUCAUUUAGUGUGUGUGUUUGUUAGUGUGUGUCAAAUCAGCAAGUGUGUGUGCAUGUCAGUGAGUGUGUCUGUGUAGGUGACUGCCUCCCCCCCCCCCUUUCAAUCACAUGUGAAAGGUGUUUUUACUCUUCUCUUGUUGCAAUGGGCCACUUAACUGGAUUUGUCCCCCAGGCCUAAGGCUGACAGCCCUCCCCUGGUGAGGACUCUGAUCAAUGAAUGGAUUCUGUAUAAUAUUUUCUAACCACACGUUAGGAGUUCAGUUAUUACAUUAAUUGUGCAGACACAGAACUGUUAUGUGAGUGACAACUGUCUUGUGGAGUUUACUGGAUAAGAAAAACAAGAUUAAACUCGGACUAUUCACCCAAAGUACUUAAUUCAAGAUUUAACAGAAAUUAUUGAUAUAACCCUGGCAUUAGAUAUCUAAAAUAACAAUUUCAUAAAUUAAAGGGCUAAUCCAAUGAAAUUGUUUUUUUAAACAGCUCAAAUCCUGGGGCCCCGUGGUCACAAUCCGCCACCACUAAUGCAGUGAGUGUAUUUAAUGUAUGCAGUGUGUGUGUGUGUGUGGAUGCAGUCUACACUGAUCAGCCACAUCAUUAUAACCACCUGUCUAAUAUAAUGUAGGUCCCCUCUGAAAGGGUUAAUCGAUCCUUCUUCCUUGGAAGUGUUUUCUCGCCUAUCUCAGCGUCCGCUGUCCGCCACUUGGAAUAUUCACUGCUCUGUCUUCAAUAUGGAGGGAGACCAUUGAAAGCACCUGUCUAAUAUAAUGUAGGUCCCCUCAUGCUGCCAAAACAACUCUGAUGCGUAGAGGCAUGGACUCCACAAGACCUCUGAACGUGUCCUGUGGUAUCUGACACCAAAACAUUAGGAGUAGAUCCUUUAAGUCCUGCAAGUUGCGAGGUGGGGACUCCAUGGAUAGGAUUUGUUGUUCCAGCACAUCGCACAAAUGCUCAAUUGGAUUGAGAUCUGUGGAAUGUGAGGCCAAGGCAACACUUUGAACUCUUUGUCAUGGUCCCCGACACAUUUUUAAACAUUUUUUGCAGUAUGGAUGGGUGCAUUAUCCUGCUGAAAGAGGCUCCUGCCAUCAGGGAAUAUCACUGCCAUGAAGUAGUGUACAUGAUCUGCAACAAGCUCUAGGUAGGCGGUACAUGUUAAAGUAACAUCCACAUAAAUGCCAGGAUCCCUUCACCGGCCUGCCUUCUUCCCAUAAUGCAUCCUGCAAUGCACUGUGUGUUCGGACACCUUUCUAUCGUGGCCAGCAUUACGUUUUCAGUAAUUUGAGCUACAGUAGCUCUUCGGUGUUAUCGGACCAGACAUGCUGACCUGCGCUACUUAGGUGCUUCAAUGAGACUUGGGAGCCAAUGACACUGAUUCACUGGUUGAUCUUCCUUGCACCACUUUUAAUAGGUACUAACCCCUGCAAACUGGGAACACCACACAAGACUUGCUGUUUGGAGAUGCUCUGACCCAGUCAUCUAGCCAUCACUAUUUGGCCCCAGUCAAAGUCACUCAGAUCUUUUCUCUUUGCUGCCUAAUAUUUCUUUCCCCUGGACAGGUGCCAUUGUAGUGAGAUAAUCAAUGUUAUUCACUUCACCUGUCAGUGGUUUUAAUGCUGUGGCUGAUCAGUGUAUAUGUCAAGGGACUGUGGAGUUGCAUUGAGUGUACACACACACUAACAGACACACACUCUCACUGAUUAGACACACACUGACAGACAACAUACUGAUAAUGACUCACUCACACACAAGUUAAUUUUAUUGUGACGAGACCAAUCUCGCCACAUUGCAUUGGAGGAGCCUGGUUGCCUGCCUGCUGCCUUUGGAUUAUGGACCGGCAGUUAAGCAGUUUAUUCAUGCCUUUCUGCACAGCCGUUCGGUAGAUUUAGUCUACCACACAAACCGCCUUCUAUUAGCCUCCCCAGCGCCGUGGGGAGCCGGCAGGUGCUGUUAAUUGGCCGCCCAGAAGCUGGCGUGUGCAGUCAAUUGACAACCCAGUAGCUGCGGUUAACCACAGCUUAACUGACUAUUACUGGGUGGCCGCGGUUACACUUAGCGGCCGCUAGGUGGCGGUGUUAUGGAACUCCCCGGACAGCCAGCAGUGCUCAGCCCGGAAUCCGUGCACUAAAAGCGGACACUUUUACGUGCAGGCACCGCUGAGCCUCCAGCCUUCCCUGCUUCUAUUCGUGGCUAUUUAACCGAACACCUGAUCAUUCGGGACUUUGUUUUAUGUGAAUGCUUUAACCCAGAUACCUAUGUCAUGGGGCCUAUUCAUGUAAUUAAAGACUUUGGCUCCAUGGCAAUUGAACUGUGUGUAUAGGAUCUGAGCGCUAUUCGGUACAAUUGUGCGCUCAGAUCCCAGCUAUCUGGGGAUGGGUUUAAUGUAUAUAUUUUAUGUGAUAAAGGUAACAUUAUGUAUUUUAUUGUAUUUUAGUGUUUUAUUAUAACCACGUGUGUAAUGGAGUUUUGCCUCGGUCUUGGGAGAUAAUUGGAUUACGUCCCAAUUAUCUCCAGCAUAGAGGGGAGGGAAUUAGGAUGCAUUGUGAGGAUGUUUUACUUCUGUGUGUCUGUUAUUGGUGCAUGUCUGUCCCUUGUCACAGUCUCCCAUUUGGUCCCCUAGGGGAGUGUCCACCAGGGGGGAGACCUGCAUAAAUACUGGGCAGGUAGCCCUGAAUAAACCAGACCACUGCUUGACCCUCAACACGGAGCCCUGUCUCGUCUUUGGGGGGAUUUACUGUAUGCUGACUGAUUGCCAGGAGUGUAAGUCGCUUGGGUGCUUUUCCUGUUUGUCUGCUAGCAGCUAUUCGGGAGGUUCCAGUUCGGGAGUUUGGAGUGCUACUUUGUAUGCAGUUCGGGAGUUUGGAGCAUUCCCUUGUAUUCAGUUCGAGAGUUUGGUGUUCUGCAGUAGCUGUGCCUGUGUCUCUGGAAGGGAAGAUCUACUAAAAGGCGGUUUAACCCCAUUUAUGCCUGGGGGUGCCGUUACAUUUAUUUAUAGUUUUUAAUUUAUACUGAGGUCUCUAUGAGAACCCUUUGAUUGAAACUCAUGAUGAUGACUGCUGUGACAUAAAACAGGGAGUGGAGCGAAGAGCCCGGAGAUUUGCCAGGAUAGUUUUAGGUUAUUUCUUUAAGUUAUUUUAGCAUUUAUUGGGGACUACAGACGUGCUGUUAGCAAGUAAACCAUGAACCAGUGUGCAAAGUACCGUAUUACAAAACACAAAUGGAGAUCGUAUGGAAUGUUAAUAACUGGUCAAUCAAGGAAUAACAUACUCAUUGUUUCUAAUUACUGGGAUACAGUUCAACGUUUUUAUACUUUGUGUUCUUUCGGCCUAAGUAUUCAUUACCCUCAGGGUGAGGACAUGUGGGAGACCCAGGUGCAGUCCAAGUACCAAUGGCUCUCGCUCAGUCAAAACACUUUGAGUAUUGACUAUAUGUCUGGUAGCUUUGAUGUCCAAUGAGUUUCCUUAUCGAUAACACUUUGGGCAAAAUCUUUAAUCAGACUUAUUUGAUUCAACGUAGACUGUUGGCAGGACUGUUAAUGCCGUUUGCAUGGAUUUUGGCAGGUCCUGGACUUCUCGCUUGAACUCAGCAGCACAGAUCUACCCCCAUCCUCCCUGUCAGUUUACACUAGUCUCGGAAUAUGUCAGUAUAAUUGCUGAUUUAAUGGAGAGGGCAAUUUGAUAGUCACAAUGUUAAGGAAGACUCCAAUCUCCAUAACUAUUACUGCACACUGUAGUGAUUUUUGAUAUUAUGUGUGUCAUGGCACCAUAACCACUACAUUAAACUGUAGUGGCUAUGGUCUUUGGAGUGUUCCUUUAGAGAACAAGGCAAUAGUUAGUCCUGGGGGUUCAAAUUUUACACCAAACUAGGCAAACUGUAACAAAAUCUCCAAUUCUUCUAUAUUUGCAGUUCGGCUACACUGCCAUAAAAAGUUACAUUUAGCCAAUCAGGAUAUAUCUGACUAUCGUGACAUCACCAUUCACCUUUCAAGUGCUUGAUUGCCUAUAUAACGUGUUUAUUUUCUAGAUAUAUCUGGAAGGGGGAAAUAGAAGAAUCUACUGAAAUUCUUUUGGUAAGUAAGAUAUUUCUAUAAUUCAUUGUACUUUAUUAAUUAUUAUUAUUAUUAUGUCCAUCAAUGUUUGUGGCACAUUGGAAUAUGAGUAAAAUAUCCAGGCACAAGCUGUGGUCUUCUAACACCACCCCCAUUUGGCGAUCUUUGUAUGUUUUGGGGUAUCUGGCUUAAGGUCUACCUUCCCCGCUCCUUCACACUGGUCUCACACAGGGACGGAACCACCAAACAGUGAACUGGAGCGAGCCGAACACCAAAGUGGAACAUUUAGACAAAAAUAGCCGAUUUGGCUAUUAAUUAUCGAGCUCAGUUAUAGUCACAGCUUGGCUAUUUUAGCCUAAAUUUUGCAACGGUCGUUUCCAAGUAACCAAAAUUCACUGUUCAAGCCCCAUUAUAGUGAAGAAAGGCACCAGGUAUACCAAACCGCGGCCAUCUAGAUGUAAUCCAAGUCACGCUGAUUUAGGCCACAUGUUUGUUUAUUUUGUUUGAUAUGCAUUGAUUUACUUUUUUAUUCACUAUUUGAGGCCCAUUUAAAUAGAGGUGUCCUUGUCUUAUUUUUUUAUUAUUAUUUUUUUUUUUAUACGCAAAGCUAGAUUUUGGCAAAAACAGGUCAUUUGGAAUCAUGCUCCAACUAUAAAGCCACAGCUAUUUUUGUUUAAAUUUUGCAAUUUACUUUUCAGCCCCAUCAUUUUUGAAUAAUUGAAACAUUAAGAUUCCGUUUGCGUUCUGUACUUUUCUCCCAGAAGCUAAACGUGACGUUAGGGCUUUAGAUCAGGUGACAGAGAUUUAGGCAAACAGUAUAACAGCAAUCCCCCAUAAAGUCCUUUUUAAGUACGUAUGUCUGUCUUUUUUCUGUUUGUAGGAAACAAAAAAUAAAAUCUGCUUUAAAAAUACGCAAUAGCAAUUUGCAGAUAUCAAGCAGAAUUAAACAUGUUAUACACAGUCUAUUGUACUUAAAAUCUGUAGCUUGCCUUAGUGGUUAUGGUGCUGAAAGUGAUCUGGUGCCUCCUUUGUAUUUUAAAGGGACACUCCACUGCCCAAUUACAAAAAAAAUAUAUAAAUAUCCCUGUCUACUAGAUAUACAGGAAAACCUACAUACCUUUAAUUAUGCAUUUUUUUCAUUUGGGAUAUAUCUAAAAGCAGUUUAUAAAAGCUGCAGAUCUCCUGUCUGCAGUAUUUGCAAGCUCUCCCCUACUAGCCCCGCCCAGACUUUCUGUGGCUGUCCAAUCAAACACUUCCCAAUGCAGCUCAAUGAGAAGUCUUUGUAAGGCUCUGGGCAAUUGCUGCCUUUUGAGUUUGGCUUCAUUGAGCUAACCAACCAGGAAGUAACAAGCACAUUGACAGCCAGGGGGAUGUAACAAGGUUCAUUUAUAAAAGUGAUCAUUUUAGCAAAUUGCUUUCUGAAGUGCUUUAGGGAUCUGUAGUGUCCCUCUAAGUAAUGAAACUGUUUUUUUAAUGCUUUGACUUCCUGUAGUGGGAACCUCUGCUAGGUCUCCUGAGCCCUGCAGUGCAGGGUUUAGCCCAGGCAUGGCAACCUUUGGCACUCCAGAUGUUUUGGACUACACCUCCCAUGAUGCUUUGCCAGCAUUAUGGGUGUAAGAGCAUUAUGGGGGAUGUAGUCCAAAACAUCUGGAGUGCCGUAGAUUGCCUAUCCCUGGCUUUAGCCCAUUAGCUGAGGGUGAUCAGCUGACUCCCUCAGCCAAUAAGCUAACUCUCAGGCAUUAAUAAUGGAGGUAGGGAUUAGCACUGUGGUGGUUAUGGUGCUUGUGAUUCUCCUUUAAGAUUAUAACUUAAAUUCUAGAUAUGGCAGUGUACAGCUACAGAGGAAUUGGUUAUAAUAUUGACUUCUCACUUUAUAAAAUUGGCAUUUAAGAAGGUAUUUAUAUAAAUUAGUAUUAGAAUAGAAUAAUUUACUUAGCGUUCCACCAUGAUAACUUACACAUUUUGUGUUUGUAAAGGAUAAUGUAAGCGAGCAGCUAAUUAAAAUAGUUUUUAACCACUAGAACACAUUUUUUAAGCGCUGUAUAACACAUAUUUUUAGUCACCUAAUUUAUCCACUAAACACAGAAAUCCAGUGAAUUGAAAGCAGAAUUGCAAAAUGUAUGCCAAAAUAGUUCAUUUGGAAACAUUCUACAACUCGGCUAUUGUCUUUUACAAUUUGGUAUUUUAUUUUUUAUAAACAAACUUUUUACACUCAGAUGAAGGCUCUCCUACAAAAGUCCUGCCUUUCUGGUAUGAUGCUGCCAUCUAGUGGUAAAAGUGUAUAAACGCGCUUGUCCCUCAUAUUUAUACUUUAUUUUCUCUUACAGGUAGUGAGAACAAAGACAGACAAGAUAUCCGAGCUUUGUGCCUACAUUGGGUAUGUGUCAUUGUGUGAAACUGCAGUAUAUCACAGCCAUAAGCGAUAUACAAUAAAUGCCCUCCAUAAAUGGUUUUGUCAUUAUACAUACAACAAUGACUAUGACCAAGUCACUACAUAUGGGGAUCACCGGUUGCAUUAGUGGAAACAAAAAUUUUAAAAAAAUAAGUUCUGCCGCAUUAAGAUCCUUUAGUGAAUAUACAGUUAUAAGGUACAUUUCUGCAUGUUUUCUAUUUAUGUAGCCUACAUGUGCCUAAUUAAAUAUAGCAAGACAGUAUAGAUUAUAUAUAGGUUACAUAUAAAAAUGAUAGAUUUUGGGUCUUGUCAUUUUAGCCUGGUCCAUCCCUUUGAAAUCCCUGAUUUUAUCAGCAUUCCCAUAGAGCGAGGAAACCCAGGUUAUUUAAAGUCCAUUGAAGAAGCGGUGGAGAACAAGUCCUAGUGGCAGAACUUGGACAAUGGUGUGUGUGGACCUCUAUUAAACGAUAAUGGUUUUAUACGAAUUGAAGACUACUUUCAUGGUGUAUGGAGGUCUGGUGAUGGAGCGUUCGGAUGGCGACUAGACCUUUCAAGUCUACAGAGUUUGUUGUCAUAUUGAAAGGAUGGAUUAAUGAAGCUGUGAAGAAAUUAGCAGAUCACUAGGACCUAUCGCUGUGAUUGGGGGCACAAGAAAGGAUAAAGCCAUUCUGACCAUUUUCAAAAUGACCAACAGAACUGGGCAGAUGGCCAAUCUGUUAUUUAGUGGACCGCCACUGAAAUUUCUAAGUAUAAGCUAAGAACUAGUAAUAUUUAUUCACAAUCAAACGUACAUUGGAAAUUUGCUGGUAAUAGAAUUAUGACAGAGACUCCAGCAUUAAACCACGUGCAACAACUAAUAUUGAUUUUCACUAGUCAAUAAUCAAUGACAUGUCUGGUGCUAGGAGGACUCUUUUCAGAGCAAAUUGAGCAUGUCUUAUACACCAGUUCUACAUCUCUAAUGUCGCUUGUACAGUCCCUCUGUGUUGCUCAGAAACAUUUGUUUUAUAGUAAGGACAAAGUGUUUCUGGUUAAGCGGGGACUAGUACGGGUGGUGUUAAAUGGGUCAUGAGAUGGAGCCUUGGAGGGCAAAGGGUUGAGCUUGUGGAGGAAUCAAGUGUUUUUAGGGGGACUCAAGCUCUAGGUAUUUUUUGGUCUUGAAUUGACAACAACUGACACUUCAGUGUAUAAGAUGUGUUUACUGAGAUAGUAAAUUUGACUUUGUACAAACUGAAAAUUCGGGUUCCUAUUUUUAAUUAAUUUCUUUGCACCUUUAUUAUUUAACUCAGUCGUUUUCAUCAGAUUGGCCAGUAGUAGAAUUGUCUUUGCCAAUUUGUAGACCUUUGCCUAAUAACAAUUCUUCUUUGUAUGUGAAGCCUUUGCUCCAGUGUAUCUUAAUUUCCACUGGCUAUGAUAAUGAGGGCAUGGAGUGGUAGAAGGAGGAAUGACAGACAGUGCAUGGAGUGGUAGAAGGAGGAAUGACAGACAGUGCAUGGAGUGGUAGAAGGGUGUAUGACAGAAAGGGCUUGGAGUGGUAGAAGAGGGUAUGACAGACAGGGCAUGGAGUGGUAGAAGGGGCUAAGAUAGAGAGGGCAUGGAGUGGUAGAAGUGGGCAUUACAGAAAGGGCUUGGAGUGGUAGAAGAGGGUAUGACAGACAGGGCAUGGAGUGGUAGAGGGGGCUAUGAUAGGGCAUGGAGUGGUAGACGGGAGUAUGAUAGAGAGGGCAUGGAGUGGUAGAAGGGGCUAUGACAGAGAGGGAAUGGAGUGGUAGAGGGGGCUAUGAUAGAGAGGGCAUGGAGUGGUAGAUGUGGGUAUGAUAGAGAGGGCAUGGAGUGGUAGAUGGGGCUAUGACAGAGAGGGAAUGGAGUGGUAGAGGGGCUGAUAGAGAGGCAUGGAGUGGUAGAUGUGGGUAUGAUAGAGAGGGCAUGGAGUGGUAGAUGGGGUAUGAUAGAGAGGGCAUGGAGUGGUAGAUGGGGCUAUGAUAGGAGGGCAUGAGUGGUAGAUGGGGUAUGAUAGAGAGGGCAUGGAGUGGUAGAUGUGGGUAUGAUAGAGAGGGCAUGGAGUGGUAGAUGGGGCUAUGAUAGAGAGGGCAUAGAGUGGUAGAUGGGGGUAUGAUAGAGAGGGCAUGGAGUGGUAGAUGGGGCUAUGACAGAGAGGGAAUAGAGUGGUAGAGGGGGCUAUGAUAGAGAGGGCAUGGAGUGGUAGAUGGGGCUAUGAUAGAGAGG